AUGCGCCGACCAGCCAUUACCUUCAUUCCAGGCGCGCUAACUAUUGCUCCUCCCCCUUGCAGCGGCGGCAAUACAGCCGCUACCAAUACCUCCCAGCCCGCCUCUACUGGCUUAUUCGGCGCCGCUCCAGCAGCUACCUCUCAACCACAGCAAUCCUCCGGCCUAUUCGGCUCUUCAACGGCAACAUCACAACCACAACAAUCCGGCGGCCUCUUUGGUGCUGCUCCUGCUGCUCAGCCCGCUAAGCCUACCCUCAGUCUGUUCGGCAACAAUCAAUCCAACACCUCAAACACACAACCGCAGCAGCAACAAUCUGGAGGUCUCUUCGGCGGCGCAACUGCCAAUAACAACACAUCAAACACCGGCGCCAUGUUUGGAAGCACUGCGCAGAACUCGGGCCAGACCCAGAAUCAGCCUGGUUUGUUCGGUGCUCCGAAAGCUGCCCCAAGUCUUUUUGGAGGCAGUACUGCACAACCCUCGACCAACAACUUUGGCUCGUCCCUUCUGAACCCGCUCGGCAACUCAACCACCAGACCUAUGGCAGGCAGCCUGACAAUGGGUCAAGGCAACUCCCAACCCACCACACAACCCGGUGUCAAGAUUGACAUGUCAAACCUGCGCCCAACCACACGCUUCAGUGAUUUACACGACGACCUCAAGAAACAGAUCGAGCAAAUCGACUCCUUCAUCAGACAACAAGAAUCUUUUGCUACUCAGUGCGAGAGCAUGAUCGGCCGUCAUGGCACCGAUGUCGAGAGCAUCAAACCCGAUGUCGACCUGAUUCAGAACAAGAUUGAGACUGUCGAGCUUGCUCUGGAGAACGACGGUGCCGCUAUUGAGAAUGCAAAGGAGUUGGUUCAAAGAGACGCUGGUGAUCUUAUUAGAGUUGCCCGCAUGGCCGAGAACUUGCAACUCCCCCAGCAAUACCACUACGGAAGAAGCAGCAGACCUUCAACAACUGAUGACGAAUACGAUAUCGAUCUUGUUGGCUACUUCAGCAAGCAAGCCGAAGUCAUGCAAAAGACCCUCGACACAUACACUUCUCACCUCGCAGAAAUUGAAGCACACCUUCGCGUGGUCGAGGGAAGCACAGUUCAGCAAGCACAUCAAUUGGCCGCUCAACGAGCAGGUGGUCGUGCCGGAAACAGUGCAGACAAUGUCCGAGAGUUGGCAGAAACUCUUCGCGGCUUCGAGAGCGGUAUCCUAGGCGCCGCAGGUCUGGUCGGUUCCUGCAGGGAAGGUGUGAACGAAUUAAUACUUGGCAAGAUUGGUGGCGAUCCUCGGGAAAGUGUUGGAUUCGGUGGCAGAAGAUCUGUCAGAUUCUAA